UUUACUUGGGCACGACUGCAAGCGCGAGCGGGUGGGAAGCCCGGGCCGGCCUCCGGCCGCCCUUCCCCUCUCCACCGGCCUCGGCUCCGUCUCCGGAGCCUGGCGUUAGGAAGCCAGCGAGAAAGGAGACUCCGCCAAACCUGACUCCCUGCCCGCCCUCUUUACGAGCGCCUGUGCGUUCUGCCUCUUCUUGUUCGUCCUCUGAAGGGAGCCACCUGCUAUAGAGUGAAUCGCUGUGUCCUUCAAAUUUCCUACGUUGAAACCUAACCUCCAAGGUGAUGACAGUAGGAGGGCACUUCCUGUUCUAGCAGAACAGAGAUGGGAUGUGGUGGGACGCACCUUCCUUCCAGCCAGCGGAGGGAACGAGGGAGCGGCUGCUCCUCUCACGGGCUCCCUUCAGAAGCCGCCCCCCAGGGCUGGACACGUCCCCUGAGCCUCUCCCCGGGGCCACCGCUAGCUGGCUGCAGGAAACCACCUGGAGCCCCAGGCUGGGUGCACUGACAGGAUGGCCCUCCGUCCUUUGUCCCCAGCACCUUGUGUCUUGGAAGGCUAGCGGCACUUUGGCAUGCAAAUGGCUAUUUUGUUGGGUAGUCGAAACUUUACAAAUACAAAGGUGUCGCAGGCAGACUACUGUGGUAGAAGAGCAAUUUGGAGAAGUCCUUCUGAUUAAAAUCAUAGUGAAAAGACUGUUCAAAUACGAUGAGGACGGUGUACGCUAUUUUACGGGGACUACAAGUGCCCCGGAAGGCGGCCCUGCAAAAGGGCAGGAGACGAUGACCGUCCUAAGGCCAAGGCGGGGCAAGCAGCUGCUGUUCCUGGGCAUCAUGACAGUCACGGUGGCGGUCAUCUUCCUGCUGUUCUACGCUCUCCUCUGGAAGGCCGGCAACCUCGUGGACUCGCCCAACCUCAGAAUCGGCUUCUACAACUUCUGCCUGUGGAACGAGGGCACCGGCUCCCUCCAGUGCCGCCAGUUCCCUGAGCUGGAGGCCCUGGGGGUGCCGCGGGCCGGCCUGGCCCUGGCCAGGCUCGGUGUGUACGGGGCCCUGGUCUUCUCGCUCUUCGUCCCCCUGCCCCUCUUCCUGGCCUGGUGCAACAGUAACGAGGCAGAGUGGCGGCUGGCGGGGGGCUUCCUGGCGACGUCCUCCAUGCUGCUGGCCAGCGGCCUGGGCCUCUUCCUCACCUACACGUGGAAGUGGAUCCGGCUCUCCCUCCUGGAGCCUGGGUUUCUGGCUCUGGGCACUGCCCAGGCCUUACUCCUCCUCUUGCUUACGGCCACGUGUGUGUUCCCUCAGAGAGCAGAGGACAAGGUCAAGCUUGACAGCUGCUAGUUCUGUCGAGAGGCUCACGAUGGCAAGAGUUCAGUUUGAACUAUGCUCAGAGAAGGUGCCAGAAAACUCAUGGGCUGGCAUGUCUUCUCAGCCUGUUUCGUAGCAAAUGCCGGCCUCAAGCUCUGGCAGACGGGACCCACCACGGAGGAGGUGGGGGUACCCAGUGCCGAGAAGGCCAAGGGCGCAGCAGUGGCAGCCGCGGUACCUGCGGCUUGUUAGCGUGGGGCUGUCCAUCCUUUGGGACUUCCGAGGUUCCCAAGGACACACCACAAAAAGCUCACUGUCACGAGAACUCCUUUAACUGACAUAAGGAUUCCCAUCACGAGGCCUGAUUUCUAGGCUAAUUAGCCACAUGUCACACUGGAACCGAGUGAAGGUUCAUGGCAACAAAGGGGGGACAUUAUGAGAGAGUGCACCUCAGCCUCCCUGGGGCCCUGGUUAGCAGGCUCCCCCUCCCCACGGUGGGUGUGAAGUGACGAGCCCGUCUCCCAAAGGCCCACGAGUGAUCCCUGAGGGAGUCACUAAAGACAGAACACGUGGGCACAAAGACAAGCCUUGGUGGCUUUGAAGGUUCUCCCGAAAAGUCUCCCAGACCUGAAGCCAGACAGAGCAGGGGUGUCAGCUGGCAAAUCGUUCCCAGCAUGUGACCUGGGAGUUGGGAACACAAAACGCCGAAUCCCUGGGCAGGAGGAAGGUGAAAAGAACUGAGGGGUUCCAUACAGAUGUCGAGGCCUUCACUUCUCCACCCAGAAUUGGAAAGGACAUAAACACAGCUCACACACUGGGGAACUGUUUGUAUUUUUCAGCACCUAUAUAUUGGAAAACCUAUACAGCAAAUGACUGCCUUAUUCUGUGCCUGUCAAAAACCACACUGAAUAGAGUCAGAAACACGGA